AUGGCUACCCCCUCACCAAAGGCGACACCGAAACGCAAACGCGAUGGAGAAACUCCCCUGAGUCCUAUUAAAUUCUCUUUUGAUCUAUCCAAGACCGAAUCCGCCGAGGAUGGAAGCAGCAGUCCGCGAUCCAGGGUUGCGCAUCGGUUUCGCGGCCUCGCACUUGGAAGUGGGGGCGGGGUUGUAAAUGACGACGCAGAAGACGGGGAUAGUCCAGAUUCGGCACGAAAACGACAGAGAUCUGAUGAAGUAAUGGCCGAUGCUGCCGAGGUAGAUCUGCAGCAACAGAGAGCGUCACCUACACCUCUUUCAAAGAAGGUUUCUAGCCAAGGAGCCGCGACCAGCACCGGAGACUUGUCAGCUCGACUGCGGUCCUCAGUAGAUGAUAUCCCAGAGCCAGAUACCAACUCACCGCGACGAAGAAGGGCAGGCACACCACCAUUAAAGUUGAAGAAAUCGCCCAAAAAGCCCAAGAAGAACGUUGUGGAAGAAACUGAGCCCAUCGUCCCUGGGGAGUAUGACGAAGAUGACGACGAUGUUGUCGUGGAUCCAGUCAGGGCAGCAUUAACGUGGCACGAGGAUGAAAUUACUAUAUACGACCCAAAUGACGAGGAUGACGAUGGCACUGGGAUUAAUGGGGUUGGGUUUCGGCCAACACCAGCUAUUGCCCACGCCAGAGCCAUGAGGAGGCGACAUCAGAUGGCGGAGUAUCGGAAACGAGAAGAGAGCGAAGCCAGGGCCAAACGAAGUCAGCGAAGAAGAGGCGAAGAGGGGCUAUCAGUUCGACCCAAGAAAAGAUCUCCUUCAAGAAGGGUGCGGUUCGUAGAUUCGGAAAGGCAGAAUGUGGCGGUUAUAACACAAUGA